UUUAUACAUGUAUUUCACGAAGUGCAGACAAUUACUGUAAAAAGAAAAAAAAAUUGUUAAGCUGUUUUUUACAAUAAGAAAACUCUGUUGUAUCUCUGAUUCAAGUACAUAGUUAUGAUAUACAAUGUAGUUAAUUGGAAAAUAAUGCCUAAUGAAAAAUACUGAUAUUUCAGAUAGGGCGACAGCUACAUUGAGAUUACAGGGCCAAUACGAUAAGAGACUUGGUAACCUUAGUAGUACUAUAUCUAAAGAGUUCCAGAAGGACUUUUGCAGUACGAUGGGGAAUACACAGAAAAAUAGAUACAGCAAUGACUACCAAGGCUGUUUAGUUACAGAAAUACGGAAUGGAAGUAUAAUAGUUCACUUUUCAAUGUUCUUUUACACAAAAGACAUCGUGACUUCGGAAAAUGUAAAAACAGAGAUAUCCGAGUACUUGAGGACACGCUCUAAUGUCACCCUUGCUAAUGUCUUCAAGGUGUCAAUGGAAAUAGAAACAUUGGAUGUUAGAAUAAGUCGACAAGAACAAACUGAGUAUGACAAUGCCAUAUCAAAAUCGCAAUUUGUCACACCUUCUUCGAUAACAUCUAACGUCCAAACAACGACUGUACCAACUACAACUGAGAAUAGCACAUCCAGUGUUUUACAGAAUGAUACUACUAUGACAGAAAGCAGCAUCUCUUCUACGACUAUUGCAACAACAACCACUCAGGCUGAUACUACAGUAAGUGACACUUCAACUUCUCAACCCACAGCAACAACAAUGACCACAACAACAACUUUAGCAGGAGAUACCUCGUCAAUGGCCACAGUAACAACAGACAUUGUUCAAACAACAACUUCAGAAAGCGAGGCAACAGAAAGCAUUUCACUGACUUCGUCAACGAUAUCAACAAUUAUGACAACAGAGGAUGAUACUUCAGAGGACAGUACUUAUGCUGCUUCACUCACUACAACAACAGAUAUCUCGUCAUCUGAUUCAACUCAUCAGAGUGAUAGCACUUCUGCAGUCACUCAAAUCCCAACAACUACAUCUCCUCAAGGUUCAUCAACAUCUACCAGCUCUCCUUCAAGCGAUACCAAUAAUUUCAUUGAUUCAUCCACUGAAACAAGUACCAGUGGUGCCUUCACAAGCACAACACUCGAUACCCAAGGCACAGUGUCAUCUACCAAAAGUCCAAAAGAAACAUCAGAUGCAACAUCAGAGCUUCCAGAUUUCACCACUUCCACUGAAGAAGUCACGGAUACAAUUUAAACCUCUUUGUCAACUUCUGGGCAUAGGACACAGAUGCCACUAUUUCCUAUUCCUUGAAUAGAGAGACCACGUCAGAAAGUUUUCUAUAACCGUGCAAUUUGUUGAAUGACAGCGCCACUGUGAUAGAAUUUUCAGAUAUGAGGUCUACAUUUUCUUUAGUUACCAAAUCCUCUAGUGCACCCUUCUACUACAACAGACAGUUCAGCAUCUACCAUGUACAAUUCUACCUCUCCGUGAAAUCCAUUAUCAUUUGAGAUGCACUUUAAAAAAAAUCUUGUAUUUUACAUCUUAACAAUUUUACAUUGUAUUGCAAGGAACAAAAUCAAAUGCACUUUAUUUUGCAGGAGUAAUAUUUGUGGGAAUUUGAAUUUUCAAGUAUGCGUAAGAUUGAUUUAGCGCUUUUCGAAUG